UUUAAAGAAUGGCUGAAUCUAGAGAUAGGCAGUACCAAAAACUGCCUCCCGGAUGGGAUUGCAAAUUUGACCAGGCAACCGGAAAUUGAUUGUGGGGAGUGGUCCGGAAGGAGCAAUAGGACCCUCCCCCUUACCCCAAAAGUACCAGCCAAAAAUAAAAGUGGACCGAUUGGGACAAUAUGGGACUUAAAUUAAAGUUAUUAUAUAAAUUAUAUUACCAAAGCUAUGCAGCUUCAUGAUCCACGCUACCGAUCCCUUCAAAAUGAACGAUGCUCAAGCGAGUCUAUUGCCAUGCAGUCACUUCAUGGUACCGGAGGCUCUCCAUAUCACGUCUAUCCAAGUAACAACAUGCCUGCCGUACGGGCUUUUCAAACACCGAACGCAAGUCUUCAUCAUAUGUCUACUAGCCCACUACUGACAACUUCCAGAACACAUUUAAUCACAGAGAUGUCUCCCUUGCCAAUACAUAAAUCACAGCUUCCUCAAGCGCCGCGUACAGUUAAUAUGUCCAGACGUUCAACUAUACAGGAAACUUCAUUCUCCAAUCAAAUUAACACGGAUGAUAUUGUGCACAAAAUACAGAAUAUGUUUCCCACUGCAAGCGAAAACCACAUACGACUACUCUUAAAAAAGUAUUAUAAUCGAGAAGCAGUGGUUAUUAGUGCUUUGCAGGUUGAGAAGCAUCCAGUUACAAUGCCUGGCCCUUACGUUACUCCGCCGGGACAAAGACACUUGUUUCACAGCAAUUCAACUAUACAUAUGACACCACCAUCUCGUCGCUUUGAUGCUGGAUCUCAUUUGAGGGGCCUCGAAUUGGGAGCUUUCGGCAGCAAUUAUUCACGAACGGCCAGUCCUGUACCAACGGCACGAAAUGGUAGUGCAAUGAGUGUUAAUAACGGACAGAUUGGACCUUUGAUGUUGCCACCACUUCAUCCAUCACCAUACUUUGGCGAUCAGUUUCGAAAUUCACCAAAGCCACAUUCUUCACCAAAAAUGAAAUUAAGAUACAUGAAGAUGAUAUUUCCAAAGGCCGAUGAAACACUACUUUUGGACGUUUUAGCCAAUUCUGACAACAAUGUUCAAAAAGCUUCCGAUAAAGUAAUAUCGUUGGGCUAUGCCAAAAAGGAAUUCAUUCCACAUCAAAGAGCUACAAACCAACCACUAGAUGCUCAACCAGUAAAUUGUGCUUCCGAAGAGGUUACUAUCAUACCAUUACGUCCGAAAGAAUACUCAGAAGAUGAAAAACUAGCAAUUAAACUACGACUCCAGAAGAAAUAUCCGCUGAUUGUGGAACAUGUCUUGCUAAUGGCUCUUGAGUCUGUUAAUUAUGUUGAAGAUCGUGCCAUGCAAAUAUUGCACAUAGUACAGGAAGAGGAGGAGAUUCGAACAAAAAAUGCAACAUGUUGCCCUGACGGCAUGACUGGCUACUGCGAAAAUACCAUUAUUGAUCCGUUGGAUGUCCACGAUGGCAACGAUACUCGAUCUGACAGACAUUCCCAUCGAGAUAAUGCAGACAUAUCUACGGACAAACUUUGUAAAGAAUUCAAAUCACUUAUAGUGCGUGUUCAGAGUAACGGCCCAAAUUAUAAGUUAGCCAAGGGAGCGGAUGAAAGUCUCUUAUUGGCGGACUAUGUUACAUGGAACGGCGCAAAUCCGGAAUACUUUAAGGGACAAAAAAAUCUUGCGGUCGGCCCAAACAUAUCUUUGCGUUGUGAACAUUCUUACAAAGCAUGCGGCCCCAAUGCAGAAUUACGCAAAGGCCCUCAAGCAUCAACAGCCAAAGGCAGCAUUUAUAAUCAACAGCAUGCAACUACCAGCAAAACCCUUGACAUUAAAUGUAAUUAAUCUCCAUGCGGAAUCUAUUGCUCUUCUCACUAAAAACUGUGUGCCAAAGAACUUAUUUUACGAUAGUGUAUCCAUUUACAUAUACCUGUAAGACCAUAUUAAUAAACGAUUACUAAUAUUAA